AUGACAGAUAAUCUUAAAAGGAGCGCAGACGCUUCUGUUGAUUUGGCUUCCACCAAGAAGAGAAAAGCAUUGGAUGAACUUAGUGAAGAUGGUCCGUUAACUCAAGAAGAUGUGACUUAUUUCCAGAAGGAGGCCAUAUGGAGACAAAUGAAUUCCUACAAGAGGCAGUGCAACAUCCUAUCCAGAGAUUUAAGAAGUUUCAAGCAUAAGUAUGAAGCUAAUGAAUCCAAGUUAAACAUCUUGGACAUAUGGUACGAACAGAUUAUUAACUUACUCAGCCAGAGUCCCAGAGAAAAGCCUUCCUCUGUAAAUGAGUCUCUUCUCAUCAAGAUCACACAUCACUCAGACAAAGACAAAUUGGAAGAUAUUCUCAAUAAGAGAAGAACAUGUCUAUUGAACAUUUUGAGUCCCAUCUUGGAGAAAUCGAAAGCAUCCUUCCCAGAAUCUAAAGAGCUUAUUGAAACAUUCGAGACCUUGAAUCUGGAUUUGUGCCGUUUAAAGGCAGAGAACGAAACCAUUUUGAAGCUUAAAAGUGGGUUGGAAGACAACUUAGAAGAGUUAAAAGAGAGACUUCUGGAUUUAACUAAAGUGAAAGAUCGUAACCAAUCCAAAACUUUGGGGAGGGUUGAUGCUAGCUUGGUUAAAAGAGAGGAAGAAUCUGAAACCAGUGACAGUAUAGCUAGCGAUAGCAACAGCGGUAAGGCCAGUAAUAGUAACGCUAAAGGUGGGAGCGAUACGGAUAAUAUAGAAAACAAGGAAGAACCAGUGGACAACUCAGCUGAUAAAGAGCUCAUCGAAACCCUAACUAUCAAGUUGAGAGAACUCGAGGCGUCAAACGCCACAUUACAACAACAGAUAACAGAGUUGGGCAAAAAGCAUCAAAAGUCCUCUGAAGACUGUUUAGAAUUAGCCUCCAGGUUAUCGUCACUUUCUUCAAAGGACCUCAACUUAUCUCCAAUCUAUCAAAGCAUCCUUAAUAAGAAUAAAAUUUUGAGCGAACAAGUGGAAGACUUGGUCAAGGUUCAAAGCAUUCUGGUUGCCAAAUUGAGCCAGUUGGAAAAUGCUAGGGGUAGUUUAAAGAACCUGAUUGAUGAAACGUUGAGCUUUGAGAAUGACAACUUAAAGCAAACAUUAUCUAAGGUGGAAUCUGAUUUGGUUAGAAUCAGAACAUCGAGAGACGAAUUAAUAGCCAAAAACUCAAUUUUGAAAUCGGAGAGUGAAAAUAAGAGCCUCAUUACUGAAUUGGAAAAGUUGGUAAGUGUUCAAAAGGAAAAAAUUGACAGUUUGACAAAUGAGAGAGUUGGGAAUAAUGAAUUUAAGGAAGAAGAGGUUGAAAAGCUUAAGUCUUUAACUUCUGAUGAAUUAAUCAAAAGAAUAACCAUGUUGAGUGGUGAAAUUAAAGAAAUUGAGUCCGUUUUCCAAUCUACUCAUGAAAUCGCCGUAAAGAAGCUUCAUAAUGAAGUUGAAAAUGAUAAUUUGAUCAAAAAAUUGACUAUAGAGAAGACUAAAGCAGAUCAAAAGUAUUUUGCAGCCAUGAGGUCAAAGGAUGCAAUUUCUUCGGAGAACAAAGUGUUGAAAAGUCAAAUUGCAAAGUCACAAGAGUUAGUAAGUAAAUUGAAUGACUUGGAGAAAACAUAUUUGACCAAGAUUAGCAUCUUACAAAAGUCUGAGAUAGAUUUCAAGACCAUCAAGGAAAAUUCACUCCAGGAAAACUCCAAAUUGCAAGAGCAAAUAAAAUCCAUUCAAGCUUCAAGAGAAAGAUUUGAAAAUGAGACCAAGUCGUUGAAAAAGACUCUCGAAGGUAAAGUCAGCCAACUUGGAGCAUUGGAUGUGGAAAGAAACGAUGCAUUGCAAAAAUUGGCUAAAGUAGAAGCUAAAGUUAAGGAAUUGGAAUCUUUGAUUAAGAAAUAUCGUAGCAACAAGACCUCAUCUAUUUUGCAAGAAGAUGAAAGACAACUUGAAGCUUUACGUUCCAUUGCCAAGUGUUCGUUAUGUUCUAAAAAUUGGAAAGACACCGCCAUCACAGUGUGUGGGCAUGUAUUCUGUUCAGAUUGUGCCCAAGAGAGAUUGGCUGCUAGACUUCGUCGUUGUCCAUCAUGUAAUAAGGGAUUUUCAGCAAAUGAUUUACUUUCCAUCCAUUUGUAG